CAUGCUUGCGAUCAAAACCUGUAUCAAGCUACAGUAUCCGGAACUGUGGACGUUUUCCCUGUAAAUGAGGGUGACUGUCAUGCAACUGACCAAGUAUUAAGUUCAAUAAAAAUGGAAGUUCACAGCGCAGUGGAUCAAGAUAAAACAUGUGUGGAAGAACUAUUUGAAUCGAACCCGUAUGACCCAAAACUAAACCAAAGGCUUUGUCCACCGUAUGUGACAGAUAUUUUUCAUUCCGAUAAAAUUGAAUUGAUAUGGGAUUCACUUCGGCCUUUGACCGAUGAAGAAGCAUUUCAAGUAUCAUACAGAGACAGCAACGGCAAAUGGAAAACCGUUGAUAAAACAACAAAUAAAACAAUUAUGACAAUAAGGGGACUAAAGGCAGAAACAUCAUAUUUCUUUAGGGUAAGACUAAUCAAUGACACUACAGGAGAAGAAGGACAAUACAGUAUGCAGAGCGACGCAAUACUAACAGGAAAAUCAUCAGCUCUUGAAAUAAAAAAAAAAUCUUCACUCUUAAAAAAUUCGACUCCUCCCGUGUACCAGCUGCCAAUUAAAGAAGAUACAACGGCUCGUAAUCCUUCAGCUAAAACAAGAAAAUUUGUAUUAGGUGAUUCACAACAUUUACCUGUGGCGGAGGAAAAAACAAUAAUGAUUGUUGGAGCUACAGGAUCUGGCAAGAGUACCUUAAUUAACGCAAUGGCCAACUAUGUAUUUGGUGUGACAUGGGAGGAUUGCUUUCGAUUUAGUCUUGUUGAUUUAGAGCCAAGUGAAGCUAAAAGACAAGUCGAUCAGUCACAUUCCCAGACAGAAUGGGUUACGUGUUAUACUAUUUACAAUUCCUCCUGCAGUCGAAUUGACUACACAAUCAACUUGAUAGAUACUCCCGGAUUUGGAGAUACAAGAGGAUUAGAGCAAGAUUCAGUCAUAGUAGACCAGAUUCGCGAAUUAUUCUCUCUAAAAAGCUGUAAAGGAGUAGUUACACUCGAUGCCGUCUGCUUUCUAGUAAAGGCUCCAGAUUCGAGGAUGACAAUUACACAGCGUUACAUUUUCGACUCAAUUCUUGCUCUUUUCGGCAAUGACAUAAAAGAGAAUAUUUGCACACUCAUUACAUUUGCUGAUGGACAGCGUCCUCCAGUUAUAGAUGCGAUUCAAUCAAUAGAAGGCGUUCCCCUACCAUACGAACAUUUCUUUACUUUCAACAAUUCAGCUUUGUUUGCAGAAAAUGAAGGCACAACUAAAGGAAGCCUUUCUCCGAUGUUUUGGGACAUGGGUAUUAAAAGUUGUAAAACUUUCUUUGAUCAUGUUACAACAUUAAACACCAAAAGUUUAACCCUUACCGCGGAAGUUCUUAACAGCAGGCAUACUCUUCAAAAUAAAAUUUAUAAUCUGCAACAAGAAGUUGAUGAAGGAAUGUCAAAAAUAAAUACCCUUGAGGAAGAAAUUGAAAUAUUUACCAAGUACAAAGAUGCAAUCAAGGACAAUGCAGACUUUGAAUACCAAGUUGAAGAACUCCAACAAGUAAAAGAGAACUUGGAGGGUACAGGAAAAUACACUACGACCUGUCUGGUUUGUAACUUUACAUGUCACAAGUUUUGCAAGAUUUCUGAUGAUAGAAAUAAAGCUGAUUGUAUAGCAAUGAAAGAUGGAAAAUGCACUCAAUGUCCUGAUUCGUGCGCAUGGAACCAUCACCAUAAUACGCCAUAUAUUUUCAAAACUAUUACGGUUAGGAAGAGAAAGCGGUACGCUGAAAAGCUCAAAAAGUAUCAAGAGGCAAAUCAACAGAGACUUUCACAGGAACAGGUUAUCGCAAAUAUGAAACAAGAUGUUGAAACUUUAGAUUAUAAAAUUCAAGUCCUUGUCGUAGCCAUAAGUCAGCUAAAUAAUCGUCUGAAAAAAAUAGCUUUACGAUCAGACCCCAAGAGUACUGUGGAGUAUAUUGAAUUAAUGAUAGAAAGUGAAAAAAGAGAAAAUCGAAAGGGCUUUAAGUCGAGGAUUGAUGCGCUAGAACGAUGCAAGGAACGAGCCAAAUAUGGAAUUAAAGUUGAAAUAUUUCAGGAUCGCUUGCGCAAGAGUACAACAUUUUUAUCAACAGAGCAAAUAGAUGACGCUGCAAGUGAAAAUAAUUCAUUUUGGAUGGUCUUGAAAAAGUUUGAAGGAAAAUAACUGAGACCUAAUAUAUUGUUCAGAAAAAUAUUAAAAUUUUCAAAUAACUUGACCAGUUCUUCAACAAUAAAAAUAGUAAAAAUAAAAACUUUUAAAUGUCAUAUUAAAAUAUAUCUGUUGCUGGGAUGUUCCAAAGAAGUGUUUUGUCGGAAGUUC